AAGCCAUUGUAAAUUACGGCUCAAGGAGGCAGGCUAGAGGUUAAUGAUCUGUCCCUGUCACGGGACUCGCGACUUGGAGGGAAAAAGUUGGUUUUGGACACUCCCGAAUGUUCGUCUUUGCCUGGCUCCAACGCGGCUGGAAAAUAACGCUAUGAGCUCAACUCGCAACAGUAUGUUCCAAAGUGUUUUCACCCAUUAUAUAACACCCUUGAUGCUCUUUAACAUGAGUUUGAUUACUAACACCUGUUGUUUGUUCGUUCUUCUAGUUACCCUAUAUUGAGAUCAGCCGACGUCGGUUUUUAUUUGGUGAUUUGGGACCGUUUCAGCAUAACUCUGAAAAUCCGGAGGCCCUAGAGGAGAAGAGAAAAGAAAAUGUCAACUUGUCUUACUGCUCCCAGACGGUCGUUCCAGGCCCUGCCAUUUCUAUUUCCAUCUUCGUGUGAGGCUAUCACGUUGCAAGCGCGCCGUCACCAGUCCUCUUAUAGACGGACGAAACAACGCCUACGUGUCAAACCAGAUGCUUCAUUUGGUGCUUCGUCGACCCAUUCUCAUGAUCAUAUCAUCCACAACCCACCUUCGAGCGCCCCCUCGGUAUACCACACGCCGACAAAGUUUCUCCCUUCCGAUGAUAUCCGGAGAACCCUCCGUGGCGCUACAGUGAACCAUGGAAGUUCCGCUGAGUUCCCUUCCGUAUUCAAAACAUCUUCAGAGAAGAGAUACCAUUUGAAUCCUUCAGACAUCAAGGAGAUCCGCAGACUGCGACUAAGCGACCCGAUGACUUGGAGCCGCUGGAAAUUGGCUAAGCACUUUGACUGUUCUCCGAUGUUCAUUGCUAUGGUGUGUGAAGCUGGUCCACAAAAGAAAGAAAUACAGAAACAAGUCCUGGAAGCGGUACAAUCAAGAUGGGGCGCGAAACGUCGGAUGGCUAGAGAAGACCGACAAUUGCGGAAAGAAUCCUGGGGUAGAGACGAAUGAAAAAGGAUUUUGAUAUUAUCUCACUACCCAUUAUCUUUUGUCCCCGUUUGGUCGUGUGAAGAAGGCCAAAUGUGUUGAUGCUUGCUGUGUUUCUUGCCCAUGACCUAUGGUAAGAUCUGGGCUGCUAUAUAAAAACCUGUAUUCUAGCUCUAGCGUUAUGUUUUUGGACUCUCAUUGUAACUAUGAUUAGGACCUCAUUGGACUCUAGUAGGUUUUUGUUUAGAAUUGCCUAAUGCAAUGGAACCCUGGAGAUAGUGCACGAUCGCUUAGCUGCGGCAAACGGAGGUCGCUUGUUACCAACCACUAAUAAGAGUGAACCUAGACCCUU